AUGGCGGAGAGCGGCGUGGUGCGCGUGCGGCACUGCGGCUCCGCCAUCUUCUGCCGGCGCACGCCCCGGCACUGCCCCCUCUGCGGGCGCCCCCUACCGGCGGGGCUGAGCCAAGCCCCCCAGCGCCUCCCGAGCCCCCUGCGGGACACGGCCCCGCGCAGCCCCGCGCUCCUCAUCACACCCACCCGAGGCACCUUCCUCAGAGGAUACGACGGGAAUUCGGACCUCCACGUGGGAAUCACCAACAGGAAGGGUGUGGUUUAUCAUUACAACCAGGAGGGCAUCCACAGAUCUGAAACUGGCUGGGAACAGUGCAUUAGCAUCCCCCUGGUACAGCCAGACAUGUUGGGGCUUCUGCAGCAGUGGGAUCAGCUCCUAGAGGACUUUUCUGUGGGAGAGGCCUGGCUUCCUCACAGGUAUGAGGAGCAGGAGCACAACUGCUUCACGUUUGCACUGGGGUUCAUCAACAGCAUCCUGGCUGCACAAGGGAAAGAGCAGAUGAGCAAGAGUGAGUUCACAGAGAAGUUUGUGAUCCCACAGACCAGGAAAGCUUCCAAAUACAUCACUCUGCAGCAGCAGCUCACAGCAAAUGAGUUCUACAUCGUGCCCCUUCCUGAGGAAGAAAAGGUUGCUGAAAAGGAUGUGUUGCUACACUGAAACACCUACAGCAGGAAAAAGGGAGCUUCAAAGUCUUGGUUUAAGGUUUCUGAUCUACUGAUGUGUUUAAAACCACGAUCAGUGUGUUAACCUGCACCUUAUGAAAGGACUGGGGGUCUGAACUGCUGUAUUUGAAUGCAACAACACUCUACACACUACAGGAAAUUGCUGUGUGAACUCCUCACGUGGAAAACUUCCUAUUUACACUUCCUCUCUGCUCUCUUCUGUCAAGACAUUUAAUAUCAGAACUCAUAACUGCUUUGUAAUUAAGGGGUUUAACAAAUCAACUGUGCUAACUUCAGCUGUAGCAAACCAAAAUCUUUUUUUUUCCCAUCACAUUUGUUUCCUGAUGGGUGAAAAGGAGAACUUGUGCUUGUAUGCUGCUAAAAUCCAAAGUCCAUGACUUCAUGCAGAUACACUACAUGCAAAGUUAUUUUCCUUCAAUUACUAAGAAAUAUACCAACAAAUUAAUU